CAGCUCCCAUGUGUGCCGUGCUGGGGCGGUAGGAAAAGAUAAAUUGAACAAAUAAUGCUUUGACAUAGCGUUAACUUCUGUGAUGACCUAAGCACUGGCUCCACAUUCUUACUGUUGUAGGAUAUCUAGGCCUUGUAACAAGUGUCUGUCAAAGAUAAUCCAGUUAUGUUGAACAAAAGACCCAAACCUGGGGACACAGAGGAAGAUCUACUGAAAUUUCAACAGGAGUUCCUAUCAGGACAGAUAACUCCGUCAGCCAGCCUGGUUAAAAAACCAGGAGAUAAGAGGAAAUCUUCCCAGCCUGGACAACAUGAAAGUGUGGGCUUGACCGGAUCAGGGCGAGAUGUUGUGCAGCUACAAGGUUUACCAAGCAAAGCACCAACUAUGUCCCCAAUUCCACCAGUCAAGAAAUCAAGGUUCAAGGCUUCCAGGGAGGGAAAAUCUAGACAUUCUGUUUCAACACAGGAUAUGGAGGAUCCUGAACAUACGAUAGACAGUCAUGAUACAUCUACAGCAGCCAUUCUCUCUGAUAUUAUCGAGCGAGACACAAGAAGUGCUGGGAUUUACUUCCCAUCAUCUAGUGCUCAUGGUUUUCCAACAGUUCUUCACAGGGGUUUUCUAGGCACAAGAACAAGCUCUUCCAGAGAAAAAAAUACAAAAAGUAUCUUUGCACAGCAGAUGGAAAAUUCCUCACCAGCGGAAUUUGGUGUCAUUGUACAUGAUGGGCAGAGUGUAGGGACAACUAUCCACUCAGGGCGUAAUAGAGCUGGAAACUUGCUGGAACACAAGCAAGAUGGCUCCCACAUUUUACAAGGGGCUGGGGUUUCUAAGAAGGAGGUUGAGAGAAUUCAUUAUGAAAAUCUGUCACAAAUGGCAUCCAUGUCUGAAGAGGACAUCCUGAGUGAGCAGAAAAAACUACUGGAGACAUUAGACCCCAAGCUGGUGGCUUUUCUAAAGUCUAAGAAGGCUGCAAAACUUGACGAAGUCAGUGAUGAACAAAGCCAAUUGGAAGUCGAAAAACAAGUUACGGUGGAAACAAGUGCUGACUUGGUUUCUAAAAAAGAAGUUGCCAUGGAAACUAGUGUUGACUUGAAAGCAGCAGGUGACACCUUUAAACCAGAAGUGACAAAUGAGGAUUUGCCCCUAGAGGUGGACAAGGACUGGGUUCAUAUGGAUGUGGUUGAGUCAGACAAACUGGCCUGGAUGAAGGACCUACCUCCUCCAAGGGCAGAUAACUCUCAGACAGAACAGCCAGCGCGUUUCGAUUUCCUUGGUAACGUUCUUCCUGGAGACUCUGACCUUCCUGUGACCUUGGGUUUACAUCACCAUGGAGAUGAACCAGAGAGAGCUGGUUACACCCUGGAAGAACUAUUCCAGUUGUCCAGGAGCUCUAAUGUCCAGCAGAGGUGUCUCGCACUUCAGACCCUGGCUAAGAUCAUCAUAAAGGCUAAAGAAGGGUGUUUUGUCCACUUACUGCAGUCUGCCAUCUUGCCCAUUGUGCUCGAUGCAGGCCUGAUGUUUCUGCUGCGCUGGUCGUUGGAUGACAGUGUGGAGGCUGUCAAUACCGCUGCGCUGGCUGUGUCACAUGCUGUCCUUGUGAACACAGCAGAUGAGGCGGCUUUAGACCAGGUAUUUGAUUGGCCGGGUGGGGUGGCCCUUGUGGCUCAGUGUCCCAGGGUAACAGUCCAGGAAGCUCAGGAACAAUCUGGUGAGAGGAAGGAAGAGCAGGUGGAGGAUGUGGAUGCUGAUGUGUUGAAAAAAGACCUUAUUCAGGGGUUGGUAUCCCGUAUGACUAUACUGCCACGACUGCGCCAUUACCUGACUGUACUGAGGCCCCAGGCUCCACCUGUCCUCCACAUCCUGGCUAUCCUCACCCGAAUUGCACGUCAUUCUCAGACCACAGCAUACCAGUUGAUGAACUGCCCAUCACUCAUAGAAACCAUUGUUAAAGAAUUUCUGCCAACCAGUUGGACUGCUUCUGAUGUCACUCAGCCUGUGUCCUGUCUCUAUGGUUACCCUGUGCCAGCUGCUGUUAGACUCCUCAGAACCAUAGCUCAAGCUGGAAGAAACAUGGCUGCUAUUCUGGUUUCUAGGCACAGUGUUCUGUCACAGUUGAUGGUUUACCUUUCAUUGAACACAUGUGACAUAAAUUUAGCCCGGGGAGAGGCAGUGUCAUUACAGAUGGAGGCUUAUCGCUUCUGGAGAGUGUGUCUACUGUAUGGUAUCGGAACACAGCAGUAUCUAGACCUUUAUCCAACACUGAUGGAGAGGUUGACAAAAGCCCAAGGUCAGAGGCUCUCAGAUGAUACUCUUAAUGACCUGAACUUGACAACGGCCCUGAUCAAUGUGCUCCAGGCUGUUGUUGUCGUAGCAGGUUCGGAGAUAAAUCACCUGUCCAGAAGUUCUGCAGAGGGAUGUGCAGAUGAAGACUCACAUCAACCCGCUGACCUCUUACCUCUUUCCUGGUCACAUGUGGCUGGGCUACUACUCCCUGUCAGGGCACUGUGGGAAAAACAAAAGACACAGAUUGUGGAAAACUUCCAAAAUAAGAAACAGAGUUUAACUUUGGCAACUUCACUCAUAGAUUUCUUGAAGACUUUUUACUGCCUCAGUGAAAAACAGAUUGGUGCAGACACUGUGGAGCUGUUAGAAGAACUGGAACAGUUGAGCUCUGCUCUAAUUAACAUGUGGAGAUCUUUAGGGUUCCAGGCCAUUCUAAGUUACCUGAGCCAUCAUUCCAACAUCCUGACAGAACAUACUCAGACUUGUGGAGAGUCCUCAGACAAUCUGCCAGAGUUGACCUCUGGCCUCGUCUCAGGUCAAGGUCACCCUCUACCCAUACUACAGCCUCAUUCUCCUGUUCCAUUCAUCACCAGUGUACUCAGUCUUACUCACACAUUGCUGUCAGUUGUGAUUGGAGAGGCAUAUCUUACAUCAUACCUGAGGAAAAUUGUCUCAAGAACACAGAUUUCUCCAUUAAAUAGUAACUUCUUCACGAAGUUUGAAAACCUUCUGCAAUAUUAUAUCAUCAAGCUGUCAUGUCUGAUGACCCACGUCGAAACCAGAGUGCAUCAUGAGGCAGGUCUGUGUUUGCUGACCAGACUUCAGUAUGGAGAUGAACACCUUGUUCAUGAUCUCAUGUCAUGUGUCAUCUAUAAUACAGCCUUUGUCAGAGAAAGUCAAGAAGAAGAGUUGACCAGAGAGGGUUUAGAAAGGAUGACAUUAUCAUCUGAAACUACACAUCUGAGGUCAGCCACACAGGAAGAGGUCCCAGGCUACACGGUCGCAGCUAUUGAGGGAUGCUGUUACCCACCUGUCCAGUAUCAGAGCAAGUUACCUUACAGCAUUUGGUCACAUGACCCAGGCAGUUCACACCUCCAGGUGCACAUGUGGUACAACUUUGAUGAAAAUUACCUAAAGAGCUCAGGAGAUAUUGUAUGUGAUCACUCCACAUCAUCUCCUGCCCUGGUACAUUUGGUCUCCAAUUGUCUGGCAUGGAUUUACCUUCUGGAGUGCUGGCGACCUUCACACCUGGCUCAGGUGCCAGUCACUCUCAGGGUCACCAGAGUCAUGUGUGUCUUUCUAGCAGGUAAUGAUCUGUUUCUGGACCGUCGUAUCCAUGGUUACUUGGCAGCUCUACUGAGAGAAUAUACUAAACCUAAGCACCUGGAUAAGCUGGACUUUGAGGCUGAUAUACCUGGCCUCACAUGCUUCUAUGAUUUGUACAUAAAUGUGCUCCAGCAGUAUCAAGCAGUCUCCUUUGGCGACUCUCUGUUUGGCUGUUAUGUCUUGGUUCCUCUGCAACAACGACACAACUUUUCUCUUAGGAAGGCGGUGUGGGGAGAGUACAACAACAUCCUCAGAACACUCUUCAUCCCAGUAAAGGAGUUAUUGGUCCCAUUAAGUUAUUACCUGGAACCAGAGGAAAGGAAUGUUGAGUUAAUUCGCCUGUACACCCAGUGCCUUUUCUCUCAGACCGUACGCCCUGUUUGGGCCCCCGUCAUGUACCUUAUAGCAGUUCAUCAUGUCAACAGGUUCAUGUACACACAAGAUGGCCGCCAUGCAGCAUUGAAGCAUCUCAUUAUCAAGCAGCUGCUGUCUUGUCCAAAUGAGGAUUUGAAGAAACACCUGUUGUAUUACAAAUCCGCUGAUGCGGAUGCGCCGCAUGGAAUGACGUUGUAUGAAGAGUUAUCCGCUAUGAGGCAGAAGCUCAUUACAUCAGUGAGAGACAGCAAAGAAUGAACCUACUUCUAUUGGCUAUUUUGUCCGCGGAAUCGUUAUUCAGCGGAAGCAGUCAGCUUGUCUAUUUGAUUAGAGAAGUCUGGUUAGCAAGAAAGCCAUUUUGAUCUUGUAAUAAGACAACAUGUCUAUGUCCAACGAGGUUUGCUUACUGUUGUCGGCAGUGACAUUUGAGGUGUUUAUAAGGAUGUGCUACCAUAAAGGUAGAAUUCAAGAUCCACGAACAUCGGGUCACUUCACUCGGACGAGGCAGCGAGGUAAAAGGAUAACAUGACAGAGUAUAGGGAAAUAAACAACACAGGGCGAUAUUCAGAGAAGUAGGGCUGAUAAAAACCGGAAAUUAUUGUAUGUAAGACAACAGAAUACUGUGCACAGCAUAUGGAAAUUCAACAAAACCUGGUUUCUGACUUAUUUAUCCCUGAGUUUUAUAUUAUCUCCCAUGUUAUUUUAACAAUGUUUUCACCUCCGUGUGUGAGCGAGUGUACGUGUUGGUGCAAAUAAAACCGCAAAUGCCCGGAUGUCCUUGGUCUACGGUGUAACUUAAGUCCACAUGAGAGACCAUGCGGGGACAGUGCACAAAAGAUGAACAUUACAUUCACUUGUAUGUCUUAAUUAAUUAUUUAAUUAAUUAAUUAAUUGCAACGCGACACUUUUACCGACACUCAGUUGAAUAUAUAUUUAAUAUAUGGGUGUAUAGAUGUAAUGAAUAGUGAACAAUUUUGACAUUAACAUGCAUUAUUUAAAGAACAUGUCAAUCAACAGCCUGCGGACGAUCGUGGGUUUUCCCCCGGGCUCUGUCCGGUUUCCUGCCACCAUAAUACCGGCCGCCGUCGUAUUAGUGAAAUAUUCGUGAGUGUGGGGUAAAACACCAGUCAAAUAAAUAAAUAAUUGU